CUCAGCUGCACCAUCAUCGUCGUCGUCAUUCUCUUCACGGUGACCGCGGCGGAGGGAGAGGAGCAAGCAAAGUUGACACGAGGAGUUCCCCUGGAGGGGUGAAGUUAAGUUUAAAACCGUCGUUUUGUCUUGUUUCGUUCUCGCUCCUGAUUCAUUAUCGCAAACGGCGCGUCGUGUCUGCCUCUAUAUUUCUAUAUUUAAAGGAUGAUAAAAAUUAUGGACCGCAUUAUUUUGACGCCGUCCCACGCCCGCGAAAAAUCUUAAAGCCGAUGGUCAGGACGUUUCUAAAGACACCUUGUCACCCUGUCCCGUGUUAAAUUUAGCUGCCGGUUAACUUGCCGAGCCAAGGUUUGUUCAAAAAUCUCCGCGGUUCCUCACGAGACUCAGACCGAACGAAGGUGGCCGCCUAUCCCAAAAAGUGACCGACGUUGAGAAGUCUGCCUUGAUUUUGAGAACGCCGGGCUCUGGUUCGAAGCAGAUGCUACUUUUGCUCCCUUGAGAGGUCCAAAGUGGGUGAUAAACGACAGUUCUUUACAGAUCGGCGUCAACUACACUCUGAUAGAUGGACAUUGUUCCAGGAUUCUUUUAACUGGCCCGAAAGGUCUUCUGCACACUUGCAUGAGUAAUGCCUUUUUAUGCAAAGUAAGACUUGGAACUGAGAAAAUAAUUUAUGAAUAUAUAUUUAAAUUAUCAAAGGAAAUGCUGGAGGAGCUUAACUGGGGGGUGCGCCGAUUUCUGACGGGGUGAUAGCGCCCCCCUAACCCUAGUGUUGCGCCAUCUCUGUUGGUGAUGAGGUUGGAGGUGAAGUAGUGGGCUAGGCGCACCUCACAUAGUUAGGAUGAGCCAAGGCCCCAACCUGGUGCUGGAGUGGCUCUCCCGGCUCCACAUGGUCCAGUAUGUGGAGGCCUUCCUCGAUAAUGGCUAUGAUGACCUGGAGGUCUGCAAGCAGAUCGGCGGACCGGACCUUGAUGCCAUUGGGGUCCGCUUGGAGUACCACCGCCACCGGCUCCUGGCUGCUGUCCAGCAGCUGAGGGACUCCGAUGGCAGGAAAGCACCGGGGUACUACUUCACCCUGGAGCCCCAUCAGGAGAUGCAGAACCAGCAAAGGAUCAAGAACUCGGGCGGGACAGAGAACCGGGUUGGAGUGACCCACCGCCCGUCCUGUCCCGGAAAGCACGACCCGAGAUUGACGGAUUGUAACGACUUUGUCACCUACCCCAAACUCAAACUCAAGGUCCUCAUACGGGAUAAACUGGCCAAAGAUGGGAUCGACCUCAGAGAAGCGCCGUACAGCCAUAAGGAUGGCUCGGUGGGGAGUCUUGAUGAUCUGGCCCAGGAGUAUUCUCGCUAUUACGGCACCUCCCUCAGCGACGUGUGCGAAAGGAUGGAGGAGCUGCGCCGACGCCGAUUGGUGCAGGAUGCGGAUGUGACGGGAAAGCUUGACUCAGCGGCCGCAUCGCUGGAGCUGCGCUCUCAGAUCCAGGAAUCUCUUGGACUCUGCAGCACCACAUCUACUCCGGAGACGGACAGGAAGUUUCCCAUACACAAGUCCAGUCCUUCGGACGACGGCAAGAGAAGGAGCAAAUCCUUUUGGAGCACUUUCAGAAAGACACCCAAAGGAGCUUCCGCCCGCCACCUUGCAAAAGGUGAUUUAGUGGGCUUCGUGGCCAGUGAAAUCACCAUGAGCGAUGAAGAGCGCAUCCAGCUGAUGAUGAUGGUCAAGGAGAACAUGAUCUCCAUUGAGGAAGCGCUGGCCCGGUUGAAAGAGUUUGAGAUGCAGAAGCAACAGAAGUGCAGGUUGGAGCCGUCCGAGUGCACAGAUGUUUGUCAUUCUGCCGACGAAUCUUUCAGCGAUAGCCUGCGUGAGCUGUCCGACACGGAACAAGAUGAGUGGCUGACAUUCCGAAGGCUUCACAAGCUGGUCAACUCCACACGCAAGGUGAAGAAUAAACUCAUCAGGAUCGACCAGACCAGGAAGACCGGCGUAGAAGAGUGUUGUCAGCCAAGCAUUUGUCCCGUGGACUCGCUGGCGUCCGCCAUGCAGGAUCAGCUGGGCUACGGCGAGGACAACGUUACCACGUCGUGCUCUUCUGGCAGCUUGGCCAUGUCAGAGGCCCCCGAGCGCAGCCCUCCAUGUGGCAGCUCCCCUCGUCACGACGCGCCCGAGGAAGAACAGUCGAGCAACGCCGUAUUGGACGAAAACCACCACCAGGGCAACGAGGCCAAGAUGGCUCGAUCGGUGACAGACGGGGGGCUCCGACAUCGCCUCCUCAGCCACCACGGGAGAGCUUGCAGUUUCGGAGGAUUUGACGUCACCAACCGCUCAGUGCAUGCAGCCCAACACACCGGCGAAGACGAAGACGGCGCUAGGUCCCCUCAGAUAUCCCGCAUCUCCCUGGGCAAGAAAGUCAAGUCUGUCAGGGAGACCAUGAGGAAGCACAUCACUAAGCGACACCAAGCCUCUAUGUUGGAUCAGUCGAGUCCGGAUCGCAGCAUUUCCAGCUGCCCUCAGUCCCCUCAAUUGAACUCUUCUCUGGAGAAAGUCGAGCUGAAGCCUGGAGGUUCUGUGGAAAGCCUGAGGAGUUCACUCAGCGGACAGAGCUCCAUGAGCGGUCAGACGGUGGGCACCACCGACUCGUCCAACAGCAACAGAGAGAGCGUCAAGUCCGAGGACGGCGAAGAGGACGAGCUCCCUUACUCGGGACCCUUCUGCGGACGCGCCCUCGUCCACACGGAUUUCACACCCAGUCCCUACGACACCGACUCCCUCAAACUCAAGAGCGGCGACGUGAUCGACAUGAUCAGCAAGCCCCCGAUGGGCACGUGGAUGGGCAUGCUGAGGGGCAAAGUGGGCACCUUCAAAUUCAUCUACGUCGACGUGCUCAAUCCAGAGCGGGCCAAGCCCAAGAAGACCGAGCGCAGGCGCAGGAAGGCCCGGCAGCCCAAGCCGCAGUCUGUGGACGAGCUUCUGGAGCGUAUCAACCUCAAAGAGCACCUGCCCACCUUCCUAUUCAACGGCUACGACGACCUGGACACCUUCCGGCUGCUGGAGGAGGAGGACCUGGACGAGCUCCACAUCACGGACCCCCAGGACAGAGCCGUGCUGCUCACUGCCGUCCAGCUGCUGCAUGACUACGACGGUAAGGAGAGACGACUCAUUAUCUAA